GGCCGUCUUGUUAGAACAUUGAAACGUGCAGCACACGCUUUUCUUCGAAGGAAGUUACGUCAGGAGCGAAUGGGAUAGACUUCAUUCACAGAUUCGAGACCCUGGAGUUGGACUAUUUGAAGAGAGCUGGGCGUGUCCCGAUAAUCGCUGCUAAUUGACGUAACACGCACCUGGGCCUCUCUUAUACAGAAUGAAUUACUUUUGACAGAAUGGCAAGGAGCAACAAAAUGAACCGUGUGCUGUGUCUGUGUCUUGUUUUAGUUCACUUACAGAGUACGAUUGGAACGCAUCGUCACGGAAAGCCGGACUGGUUUGGAAAUGCCCAACGUGAUCUUUAUGAAUCGGCUAAUCGGAACCUCAACACAAAUAAAGCCAAAAAUGUCAUCCUUUUUGUUGGAGAUGGAAUGGGGAUGUCCACCGUGACAGCGGCGCGGAUCCUGAGGGGACAGUUAAAUGGAAACUCUGGGGAGGAAAAUAUGCUAGAAUUUGAAAAGUUUCCUCAUAUUGGGUUAUCUAAGGUAUAUUCCAGCGACAGACAGACCCCUGACUCGGCAGCUACAGCCACUGCUCUCCUGUGUGGGGUCAAGACCAACUCCCAGCUGAUUGGGGUGGACGAUUCCGCGGUGGUUGGAAACUGUAGCAGUCAGUUUGGCGCCGAAAUCAAUUGUAUGAAUGACUGGUUUGAAGAACAAGGAAGAUCCAUGGGUAUUGUGACCAACACAAAAAUUACCCACGCAACUCCGGCCGCUGGGUAUGCGCACGCAGCCAGUCGUCUGUGGGAGGGAGACGUCCACAUGCACGGUGUCCAGGGAGGGUGCAAGGAUAUCGCCCACCAACUGAUCUACAACAACUCUAACAUCCAGGUUCUGUUCGGGGGAGGAAGACAAUACUUCAUCAGGAACAGACAACAGGAUCCUCAGUAUGGCGACGCUUACAUCUCAUUCCAACGCCAGGACGAUCUGGAUCUCAUCGAGAUUUGGGGCAGAGACAAGAAAUGGCGAGGAUACACUCCAAAGUAUGCUUGGAACAAGCAGCAAUUUGAUGCCAUCAACCCCGACGAAACGGACUUCGCGUUAGGCCUAUUUAACCCCCAACAUAUGCAGUACGACCUGGAGAGAGACACAGGACCUAACGGAGAGCCUUCUUUGGCCGAAAUGACGGAUAAAGCCAUUCGGAUAUUGAGUCAUAACACCAGGGGCUAUUUUCUGAUGGUCGAAGGUGGACGAAUAGACCACGGUCACCAUAACAACACAGCAAAGCGGGCUCUGUACGAGACCCUGGCCUUUGAGGACGCGGUGAAGACAGCGUUACAAAUGACCAAUUCAAGUGAUACCCUUAUUGUCGUAACGGCUGACCAUUCUCACGUGUUCAAUAUAGGGGGACAUUCCUACCGUGGAAACAACAUACUUGGUGUUGUAAACCCAAUUGCCCCAGAAGAACUCCCCGUAGAUGGGAAUGCCUGGACCACUCUAAGUUACGGAAACGGGCCCGGCUACGACUGGGGCUUCCGGAAGGACCCCAACACUGUCGAUACCACUCACAACGACUACCGCCAGGUGAGCGCUGUUCCUCUGUUGUACGAGACACACAGCGCGGAGGACGUCCCAGUGUAUGCCACGGGCCCCAUGGCUCACCUGUUUGACGGAGUCCACGAACAGCAUUACAUCGCUCACGCUUUGGCGUACGCGGCCUGUGUCGGCAUUAACAAGCAGCACUGUAAUGGACUCAGCCAAAACAAACCUAUUUUUACUCCGAUGACGUAAAAGAACACUAUAUACAUUUUCCUUGGUGAUAUUAUCAUUCGUUAUCCAAAUAUUUUGUAUCCGCCAUAUUUUGACCGUGAAUUACAGAAAAAUUUGUCUAAUGAUGACUGUUUUAUACUCAUGUUGUACUUAUUUAUCUAUUAUUCAGUUUCUUAGAAAUAUUAGCUGAAGUAUUUUUUGUUCGAUUGUGGUAUUAUUGGGCAAGUCUCAUAUAUACUGGACCGGUGGUUCAAAUAUUUGCAUUUUCAUUGAAGUGCCAUAAAUCACAUCUUUUUUCGAUGUGAUUUUAUCAGAAUUGAAUUCCGAAUGGCAAUUUUAGCUUUAAAAUCAAUUAAAACUGAUCUAGAAAAUGCUGGUGUAAUUUUGGAAGAAAAGCGUCAUUGUUGAAUAUCAUCGAAUGACAAGAAGGACUUCAAAGUCCUCUCAGUAUCUAUUUCAUUUGCAAAUAAAAUACAUGUCUUACAAAGCA